AGUGCCAACUCAGUUGAUUUUCCCCCAAUUUGUUGCUCAACACACUCCCUUGAAACCCCCUCUCGAUCGGAAGAAACCCACCUCAGAAAUCAGGGUUCUUGGUUAAUCCAUAAUGGGUACUUUAGGCAGAGCAAUCUACGUCGUCGGAUCCUGGAUCCGGGUCGCCGGCCAAGCCGUUGAUCGUGUCGGCUGCAGCCUCCAAGGCAGUCACCUCUUUGAAGAACGAGUGUCUAGACACCGGACGCUGAUGAAUUUGUUUGAUAAAGACCCUGUGGUCGACAAAGAUGCAUUUGUGGCUCCUGGUGCUUCAGUCAUUGGCGAUGUUCAAGUGGGUCGUGGUUCCUCCAUUUGGUAUGGAUGUGUUCUUAGAGGUGAUGUGAACAGCAUCAGAGUUGGAUCAGGAACAAACAUCCAAGACAACGCUCUUGUUCAUGUAGCCAAAACCAAUAUAAGCGGGAAUGUUUUGCCAACAACAAUAGGCAACAAUGUUACUGUAGGUCAUGGUGCUGUGUUACAUGGAUGUACCGUAGAAGAUGAAGCGUUUGUUGGCAUGGGUGCCACUUUGCUUGAUGGAUCUCAUGUUGAGAAAAAUGCCAUGGUUGCUGCUGGUGCCCUUGUCAGACAAAAUACUAGGAUUCCUUUCGGAGAGGUAUGGGGAGGCAACCCGGCCAAGUUCAUGAGGAAGCUUACCGAAGAGGAAAUCGCCUUCAUUUCUCAAUCAGCAACCAACUACACAAACUUAGCCAUGGUUCACGCUGCCGAAAACAAUAAGGGCUUCCAAGAAAUCGAAUUGGAGAAAUCACUGCGCAAGAAAUUUGCACGAAAAGACGAAGAGUAUGAUUCAAUGAUUGGCGUCGUCCGUGAAACUCCCGCAGAGCUCACCUUACCCGAUAAUAUCCUACCCGAUAAAGCACAAAAAAUCGCUUCUUAAGUCGGUUGGUUUGUUCGGGUUCAUGAAAGUUUUCUAUUUUGAUGCAAUUUCCACCAAUAAUUUUUUGGGGCCAGGCUCUCAAAGUAUUGUUAAAGAUCCUUAAUCAUGGAGGGUAAUGCUUCUUUGACUCUGUGGUCAAUGGUCAACAUUUUGUUUUGGUUUAUAAAGAUUUUAAGAGAGAUUUAUAAUGUUUUAAUGGAAAAAAAUAUGAAUCCAUGUGUUUCUUGAGUUCAUCAUUAGUAGUGUGUUUCUUUGACUA